AAAAUGGUUCGUUAUCACAAGUGAGAAGCGACUGGGGUCGGACUACUCACUUCGUCAUCUGGUAGUGGAUAAAAUUAGAACCAAUAUGGCACACAACCACACGGUCGACCAUGGCCCCCUGGCCUAUCCGUUCAAAAUGGUCUCCGCUGAGAUCCAGGAAGGCAUGUUGGGCUGGAACAUACCUCCAGAGCACCAGGACCUCGUGCACGAGCACUGGCGCCAGUUCCCAGCUGUGGACAAGUCCUCGCACUACCUACUGGCGCUAAUCUACGCUACACUCACAAUAUUCUCCAUUACUGGCAACGGACUUGUCAUUUGGAUAUUUGGCACAUCCAAGUCACUCCGAUCAGCCAGCAACAUGUUCAUUAUAAACCUGGCGAUUUUCGACCUGACCAUGAUGCUGGAGAUGCCCCACCUGAUCGUGAACUCCUUCUACCAGAGGAUGCUGGGCAACCGGCUGGGCUGUGAUAUAUAUUCCGUGUUCGGGUCCUUAUCUGGCAUUGGAGGAGCUAUCACCAAUGCUGUGAUCGCUUAUGAUAGAUAUAAGACCAUUUCCUGCCCAAUAGACGGGAGGAUAAACCGAGUGCAGGCGUCCAUUCUGAUCGCCAUCACUUGGCUCUACGCGCUUCCCUUCACCAUUGUGCCCAUGACCGGGGCUUGGGGCAGAUAUGUGCCUGAGGGCUUCUUAACAACGUGUUCAUUUGACUUCUUAAGCGAGGACCCGGAUACGAAAACGUUUGUCGCUUGCAUCUUCGUCUGGAGUUACGUCAUUCCAAUGAGCCUCAUUUGCACGUUCUAUUCUAAACUAUUUAUUGCGGUCCGCCAUCACGAGAAAAUGUUAAAAGAGCAAGCCAAGAAGAUGAACGUAAAGUCAUUAGCUUCGAACAAGGAUGAUGGCGGCAAGAGCGUGGAGAUCAGGAUCGCGAAGGUGGCCUUCACCAUCUUCUUCCUGUUCAUCUGUUCCUGGACGCCGUAUGGGAUUGUCGCCAUGAUUGGAGCGUUUGGAGACAGAGCCUUAUUAACGCCUGUAGUGACGAUGAUUCCAGCGGUGUUCUGCAAAUCUGUAUCAUGUAUUGAUCCAUGGGUCUAUGCUAUCAAUCACCCAAGAUUUAGGGUUGAGUUAGAGAAGCGUGUCCCCUGGAUGGGUGUCCGGGAACCCGACCCGGACGCGCAGUCCACUAACGCGAGCACAGCGACCACACCCGCUGAGGCUUAGAAGUUACUCCAUCACACUGACCCUUGCUUGAUCAUGGACUACCCUCUGUAUCAACACGAUAUACUGUAAAAUAAUGAUACCAUGAUAUAGCAGUUUUAUUUCCAGUGUGGGAAUGGGAUGGAUAUAUAGCGCUGUCCUUUUCCCCAUAUAAUACUGCUUUAUCAUGAUAUAAAUAAGCCUUAGCAUGAUACCCGUAGUAUGAUUUUAUGAUAUGGUAUUAUCCCCUGUGUGGGAAAGGGAGAGACAUAAGAGUGCUGUCCUUUUCCUGCGUUGGUAAAACGUACUAUGAUAUUAAAACAGUUUUAUAUCUGGUGUGAGAAAGGGAGCGCGUUAGUAAUAGGUACUAUGAUAUAGCAAUAUUAUAUCCGGUUUGUAAAAGGGAUGGACAUAAGAGUGCUUUCCUUUCCCGCGCUAGGCAUACCUAGUACUGCUUUAAGACAUGAUGUCGUUAUUGUCUAGAGUGUGAAAGGGAUAGCUAAAAAUAAAAAGCGCUGUCCUUUUCCCACACUGGAAAUAAUACUGCUUUAACAUGGUAUAGCGAAUGGAAUAAGCAAUCGCUCAUUACGUUUAUAAACUUGAGUAAUUGGUUUUUCUUUCUGAUCGCGUUGAUAUCAGAGGGUGAUGACGUCAUUCUGUAUAAUGCGACAAAUAUUUUAAACUAAAUGUACAUAUAUUACCUCGAUUACGGUAUAUGUUGUAUUAUUUUGUUGCUAUAGUAAAACAUAAAAACCGAUACUGUUCUGUGAAACCGUUGUAUCAUUUCAGUCUUGUGUCAUUUGGACUUGUAUAAACGUAAAUGCUGUGCAUUCAUAAUAUACAGUGUAUUUGUAUACGAAGGGUAUUGUAAAAGAUAACGAUGAAGUAUCGGAAAAAAAAUUGACGAUACCGACGACUUGGCGAAUUUUUACGAUGCACAUGUAAUAAAAUGAAAAUUAUAAAAAUA